AUGAAGGAGGCGUGUCCUCUUGUCUCUGUUAGUAUUUGCUAAAGCUCUCUUGCUUAGCUAUAAUUAAUAAUUGCCUAAUAAAUGUAUUGAUUUAUUUUGUGUCCAUUUUGCAGUAAUCAGACUGCUUGGAGGAAAUCCAACCUGGCCUGCAAACUGUCUAUUGACAACAUGGAAAAGCAAGCACUUCUGAACAACGCCAACAGUGACGUGAGACAAAGGAAGAUGACCAAAGAGGGGAUGAGCCAAACAGCCAGUAGCAUUACUGAGAAUCUGAUGAGUAUCAGCCGAAUGAUGGCCCAGCAGGUUCAGCAGAGCGAGGAGACCAUGACCACACUAGCCACCUCCUCAAAGACAAUCCAAGAGACCAGUGAUGAAUUUAAGGCGAUGACGGGGACCAUUCAGCUUGGGAGGAAGCUUAUCACCAAGUACAACCGCAGAGAACUCACUGACAAACUGCUUAUUUUCCUGGCGUUAGCACUUUUUCUUGCCACAGUUCUUUAUAUCCUGAAGAAGAGACUGUUCCUUUCCUCUAGACUGCUGGCACAGUGUAUUCAGUCUACUGUGUCCUCAAAUGUCUCAAAAUCUCUAAACCUUCACCACACUUUACCUCCUGCUGUAUAGACUGAACAGUGUCCUAUAACAUGACGGUAAACUGCACAGGUUCAUGCAGUUUUAUUUAUAGAAUUAUUUCAUGUACAUGAUGUUAAUUAUACAAUCGAAGGACUUGUUUUUUCUGUCAGAAUACCAGGGUACCUCAAAAAGUUCUCAGCCUCACCCAGAAACCGUCACAUGAGAAAGAUUCUUGCAUUAGUUUUCAAAA